AUGUCUGCUGUUUCAGCAUCAGGCUUCUGGAGGGAAGCCACGCAGCCAUCAACGAUGAAGCAGACAUUCAACUCUCCAGAUGAACCAACCAUUGCUGAAGAAAAUGGCUUCAGGCACUUCGGCAUCUCAACGACACCAAGCAAUUAUGAAUUACUAACGGAAAGUUGCUUGGCAACCGGAGCAGCACACGUUCAUCUCCAACACGCUCCUGCAACACUAACUGCAGCAUCCUCUGGUCCUGCAACACUAACUGCAGCAUCCUCUGGUCCUGCAACACUAACUGCAGCAUCCUCUGGUCCUGCAACACUAACUGCAGCAUCCUCUGGUCCUGCAACACUAACUGCUGCAUCAUCUGGUCCUGCAACACUAACUGCAGCAUCCUCUGGUCUUGCAACACUAACUGCAGCAUCCUCUGGUCCUGCAACACCAACUACAACACCUCCUGGUCCUACAACACCAACUACAACACCUCCUGGUCCUGCAACACCAACUACAACACCUCCUGGUCCUACAACACCAACUACAACACCUCCUAGUCCUGCAACACUUCCUGGUCCUGCAACACCAACUACAACACCUCCUGGUCCUGCAACACCAAGUACAACACCUCCUGGUCCUACAACACCAAAAUACAGCACCUCCCGACUGCUAUAA